GGCGGCGGCCCCUGAACUGGCAGGAGCCCGCAGGCAGGAUGGGCCCCGCCCGGAGCAGGUGCCAGCUACCUUUGCCUUUCCCAGCCAAUAGACACUAGCUGGUGCGAUGGAUGAAGUGAUGGAGCUGCGGACGGACGGGAAUUCCCUGCUAAAGGCGGUGUGGCUAGGCAGACUCCGGCUGGCCAGACUCUUGCUGGAAGGUGGGGCCUACAUCAAUGAAAGCAAUAAGAAGGGAGAGACCGCUCUCAUGGUGGCCUGCCUCACUAAACACGUGGACCAGCAGAGUACCAGCAAAGCCCGGAUGGUGAAGUACUUGCUGGAUAACAGGGCUGAUCCCAACAUCCAGGACAAAUCCGGCAGAACAGCCCUGAUGCACGCAUGCCUCAAAGGAGCCGGGGAAGAGGUCGUUGCUCUGCUGCUGGAGAAUGGAGCAGACCCGAGCCUAGAAGAUCACUCUGGAGCGUCUGCUCUGGUUUAUGCUGUCAACGCAGAUGACAGGGACGUGCUAAAACAUCUCCUGAAAGCCUGCAAAGCUAAGGGGAAGGAGGUGAUCAUUAUAACUAUGGACAAAUCCUCGGCAGGUGCCAAACCUACCCAACAAUACCUCCACGUCCCGCCAUCACCAGAACUGGAGGAGAGGCAGGGCCCGGGCGUGUGCAUGACGCCUUUGGAGAGUGAGCUAAAAGCAUCCACUUCAGGGUCUUCAGUGGCUGCGAAGGAAGAGUCCUUCUCCCGCUUCCAUUCCGCAUGCGCCAGCGGCUGCCAGCCAGCCAAGGCCCUUCAUGAGCCCUGCUCUCCUACCAGGAAAUUCUGCAACCCCAAAAGAGCCCGUUUGCCGCAGCUGAAGAGGCUGCAGUCAGAACCAUGGGGCUUGAUUGCACCUUCUGUUCUAGCCUCCUCCGCCCAUACAGAUGAGGCCAAGAAGGUGUGUACAGAUGAUGAAAUCACCCCGGGCAUCAAUGACUUAUUGCUUUCCAGAAAGGUUUCCUUACCCAGGAACGGCAGCAGUAAGAGCAAAGACCCGUCUCUCUUCCCUUUGGUGGAUGACCAGGCUCUGAAGAUCUCACCAACUUCUGUGCCAGGAUCAAGGAAACCAUCCUAUGAAAAAGCUCAGCCCUUUCCUCAGCGCGUAGCCAGGAGGAGCGCGGUCCCCGCUGAGCUGGAGAACAUCAACUCUGCCGGCUCGGGCUCCGCACCCUUCAAAGACACCCUGCACCGGAGAAGGCUGGGCACUGCGCAUUACGAUUCGGAUUCACAGCUCUACUGCGACUCCAGCUCCAUUCUGGCUGAUUCAGGGAAGGUGCCUUUGGAGAGAAAACAGCUCAACAGUUCCCAUUUGGCUUUGUUCAAUGGCUCCCAGGAAUCCCUGGACAGUGCUCCCAGCACUUCUCCUGGGAUGGUUCGCCACAGGCCACCCAAUUUGCUGGAAAGACGGGGCUCUGGAACUCUCCUGCUCGAUCACAUUUCUCAUACAAGACCAGGGCAUUUGCCUCCUUUGAAUGUAAACCCCAACCCACCAAUUCCCAACAUCGGCUCUAACAGCAAACCAUCUUCCCCGCUCGCUGGGGGCUUCAAGCCCAUGGUCCCUGCUGCUCCAAGCUCACCAAGAAGGGGCGACUGGCGAGCCAAAAAGAAGCUGCUUCGAAGACACUCGAUGCAGGUUGAGCAGAUGAAACAACUCUCCAAUUUUGAGGAAAUAGUGGCCCAGUAGUCUGUAUUUCAAUGGAUUUUCCAUGAACGUGCGCAACGUCCCUGCUCUCUCAUGCGCUGCACAAUGGGGUCCCUGCAGCUGGCACCCCCUGCUCCAGGAGGGGCAGAGCAAGGGUCUGAUUCCCACAGCCUUGCACCUUGGGGAUCUGGGCACUGGGCACCGGGGCCAAGCCAGGAUCAUUUAACACUCUCGUUGCCCAGCUGUGGAGACAACACCAGGUACAAACUGGGGAAUCAGCACCAAGCACUAAACAUGUUUCUCUGCUGCUGCCCCCAGGUCUGGGUUUGUUCACCAGGAUGAAUCUGGUGAAGGGUUGAUUGUAGAGGAACGUAGUGUGAGACACACGAGACUUCUCCCAGAGGAACAUGAUCACCGUUCCUUCAUUCUCCAAUUCUUUGUCCUUAAUCUCUAGUCUUUCCUACCCACAUGGAAACAGUCGUGGGAUUGCCAGGGCCUGUGGGGCUGGUGUAUGUCUCAAGUGCCUACAGAAACAGAGUGGAGCUUCCUGCUGCCAGGAGGAGAAAGAGCUGAGCCCCCCGACAUGCUGAACGUAUUGACAUCUGCCCUGAGCUGGAGAAGGGACACAAUUCUCUCUGCUUCCCAGAAAUUCUAGCACUUUAACAGGCCAGAUAACGGAGCAGAUCCAGUCCUGGUGACACUCCAGUGCAACCACCCAGACUGCGUGAGGGAGGAGUUUGGCCCGGCACCUUCAGAGCCACUGAGGCUGCCAGGCCGUUCCCACUGCUUGGUGGGAUGUUCUGCUGUGGGCACUGUGUUGUCUGGCGGGGGUGGGGGGGCAGCGUUUCCCAAUCUCUAGCUCGUGGGAAGGGCGGGGGCCCAGGCCAGGUGUCUUUUCUUGGGGGAGGGGCCCCGGAGUGCGGAGCAGAGCAGGGAUCAUGUAUCGGGCCGAGGACUCGUGGUGAAUUCAGCCACGUGCUCCGCUCAAGAGGAGGUGACUGGCCAUUUAAGAAACACGCUGCUGGCUCUGUUCACAUCCAUGAGGCUCAGAGGAUUCCUACCUUUGGGCCAUCUGACUCCAGCCCCCAAAGGGCCCCCCCGACAGCACACAGCCCUCCUGCCGCUCUUCAUGCGAGAGGCUGUGGGGAGCCCCUCGCUGGGUUCCCGGCCAGCUGCAGGGAGGUGAGUGAGGGGCUGCAGGGUCAGCCCCCACCUGCUGCAUCCAUGGUGACAUAGGCAGCAAGGCCCUCACCCUCAGCUUCACUGCAGCUGCACCUGGGGCACAAAGGGGCCUCAAGCCAGUUCAGCCCAGCGCAGGGGGCUCUUCUGGUGACAGCACAGCAGCUCCUGAUCUCUCCCUGCAGAACCCCAGCUGCCACAACAGUCCCUUGGGGCCACUGGAAGGACCAAAAAUUGGAGCAGCCUUCAGGCUGCUCUAACUCAUGCUGCGGGACCAGCCUGUUCAAGGCCAGUCUAGGCCUGGGGGAGUGUAAAGAUGCCUUGAAGCCAGCACCACCACCCCUCUGAGCUGCACUGUGCAUUCUUCACCUGCAUCCAAGAACAAGGACAUUUUACUGAUCUAGCCACCCCCAUCCACUCCCAGAGUGGGGGCUGGGGCUGAUGCCACAUCAGUUUGGCAGUUACCUUCCCGGCACCAGAAGCCAAGGCUGGGAUCUUCCUAGGGCCAGCCCUUGCCCCCCAUCCCAAAAGCUGUGCUGGGAGGUAGCAGGGACAGACCUGAGCUAGUGCAGUGAGGGGCUGGAGCUGCAGCUGUACUGCUGCAGGGGGAGGGGCAGCAAGGGACACCCCUACAAAAGGAGUGCCCCAGAGAGCUGUUCUUGCAGCCUAUUCCUAGCCUUGACCUUGAGCAAGUGAACAUGGGUACAUAGCCGUAUGUGGUAGAGUCCAUGCAGCCAGCUGGGCCCCCAUUCUGCUGCCGGCUCUGCAUGGGCAUCCCGUUACAGGAUGGGGCCGAAAGAAAUACCAGAUGGCAGCUGCAAUGUCAGGACAGCAAGGCCGGGGGCAGGUAACCCCAUCUCAGCACUCUGCACUCCCCAGCUCGCGGAAGCAUUUCUCCCCAUCUGCUAGUGGGGUGGAUAUGGAUGGGCGAGCGGAUUGGUUUGGCCCGUAGGUGCUGAAGCUGUUACUAACCUCAGCUAAACCUACCCUACCAGAACCUCUGCUGGAGAGGAAACGCAGCCCGAAAACUCACUCUAAUCCUGGGGUUGAUGGUUUGGAUGGUUCAGCUCCCUUAAACACGUGUCACGAGUUUACCCCCACUCAGGGGAAUGGCCACAGACUUAGAUACAGUAACUCCUCACUUAAAGUCGUCCCAGUUAACAUUGUUCCGUUGCUGAUCAAUUAGGGAACAUGAUCAUUUAAAGCUGUGCAAUGCUCCGUCGUUUGGCAGCCGCCUGCUUUGUCCACUGCUUGCAGGAAGAGCAGCCAUUUGAGCUAGCCGGUGGGGGCCUGGAACCAGGGUGGAACGGCAGCCCCCCUAUCUAUCAGCUUCCUGCUCCCCGUGCUGCAGGUUAGCAAUUGCCUGCAGUUCAGCUGUCCCUCCCCCCACUGCCAUGUGCUACUCCUGCCCUCCACCUUGGAGCUACUCCCCGAGCCCCCUGCUUGCUGUGCGGGGGGCAACUAAUGUCAGGGUGUCCCCCUCCCCCCCGCACCUGCACCCCGCUUACCCCUUCUCCAUAUAGAGCAGGGUGGGGACAGGGACGGGGAGAGGCAAAGAGUGCCUGGGGCAGCAGCUGCUGUCUCACUUCCUGAUCCACUUGAAAAGAGAAUCCACUUAAGAGUGGGUCAGCUUCCUUAAAGGAGCAGUGUGCAUCUCUCUCUCUCCACCCCCCCCCCACCCACACACAAGGCGUGUCUGUCUCUGCUAUGCUGUCUCCCCUCCCUCCUGUUCGUGCUGCCUCCACGAGAGGUUACAUUAACAACAAUGUGUUAACCCUUGAGGGCUGAGCUGAGUACUAGUUCAUCAUUUAGCAGCAAGGCAUUCCCUGGGAAAUAUCCCUCCCUCUUCCACCCUCUGACUUCACCACCUCAGCCAAGCUUCACAAUCGUCAUAGCUGUGAACAGUAUUAAAUUGUUUGUUUAAAACAUAUACUGUGUGUAUAUCUAUAUCAUAUAUAGUUUUUUGUCUGGCAAAAAAAAAUCCCUGGAACCUAACCCCACCCUUGUACAUUAAUUCUUAUGGGGAAAUUGGAUUCACUUAACAUUGUUUUGCUUAAAAUCGCGUUUUUCAGAAACAGAACUACAACGUUAAGCGAGGAGUUACUGUAAUGAACUCCUCAAUAUCCUGACUCCCGCUGCCAGCCCAGCACAGCGGUACCUGGCACUCAGCUCACUGCGACCUUGUGCGCUAUGUCAUGUGUCCUCGCCCAGACCAGCCAAAUGACGUGUUUCAUUAAUCCCCUCGUGCAGCUUCCUCAGUGCACUAGCUGUUCUCUAGACUGUUGCAAAACCCUGCAAGGUUCCUGCCCAAAGCAGCGUUGAUCUGUGGUUUAAAUUGCCCAAGAACCUUCUUUCAAAGUGCAUUUUAAAUUUCAAUAGGCUGAUCAGAUCAGAGGCGAGCUUACAUUUAGAGCCUGAAGGUUUAUACCCACUGUAAGUCAAAUGUCUCCUCUAUGGAACUUCAGGCAUGUUUUCUCUGGUGUAAUGAACUGUCUGUUGAAAUAUACUUUAGAUUGUGGAUUUAAAGCCUAUAGUUCACCACUUCUGUUCAUUCCUAGAUAUUCCAAUAUCUUUUUUUUUUCUGACAGUGAAUGCCCUUCGCAACUGAUUUAGGACAAUGGUGCCCUGCAGAAUGCAGGUGAUACGCUUUGAGCUUCCUACGUAAUGUCCAUUGGGAUUGGAAAUAGGACACGUUCUCCUUUAGCAUAACAUAUUGUAAUAUUGUUUGUUCACAUUUUAAAGUGUGCGGUCACGUGUGCAGAGAUGU